CCCCAUGGCAGGAAGUAGCAUGGUAUCGGAGUGAGCCUGGGUGGGAUUCGUCACACGUUGAGAUCUCACCGACCCCGAACCAUGCAAUGGCCGGACGCGGACAGCGGGCUGAGCGAAGUGCUGCCGCGGGACCUGGGCUCACUCUUCUCAGAUAUAUACACCGAGGAGACCCGCUACAGGUUCUGCGGCCGCGAAAUGCGCAUCACCGAGCACUACGGCGCUAAACUGGGGGUGGCCGCUCCGGUGUGGGAUGCGGCACUUGUUUUUUGUAAUUUUAUUGAGGAACAGAAGCUGAAUUUCAAAGGAAAAAAAGUUAUUGAACUGGGAGCUGGAACUGGAAUUGUGGGAAUUCUGGUGUCUCUGCUGGGUGGAGAUGUGACUAUGACAGAUCUUCCACACACACUGUCCCAGAUCAAAACCAAUGUGGCUGCCAAUCUUUCCGAUGACUAUCUCCAUAAAGUCCGUGCAUUGUCAUGGGGCCUUGACCAAGACAAGUUUCCGCAAGACUUCGAUUACAUCCUGGGAGCUGACAUUGUGUACAUAGAGGACACCUACCCACUCUUACUUAAGACUCUUAAGCAUCUUUGUGGCCCUCAGACUACCAUAUACUUGUCCUCCAAAAUGCGUUCAGAGCAUGGGACAUUGACCUUCUUCCAAGAUAUUUUGCCCCAACAUUUUGUCUUAGACGUUGUUCAGAGAGAUGAAGAAGAGGAUAUAAAUAUCUACAAAAUUACACAAUGUCAUAAUUAAACUUCACUAGCAACAAAACGAGCAUCUUUAGAUGUGAAAACAAAUUCCAAAUCUUUCUUUCCAGAUAAAACAAUCUAUAUUUCAUGAAGUACUUUACUGCUCCUAAAUUGUUGUCAACUCUCCCAGUCAACAUGUAGAGGAGACUGCAAUUCUAUUAUUAUUUUUUUUCUUAUUGUGUUUAAUACAUGGUGGCGUGGGCGCUAUGGCUUUUGGGUGCCAAGCUUGAACAAAGUACUUUUCUAAAGAAUACUUUUGGUAUUGCUUAAAGAGGAGUUCACCUAUUUCUGAUAUAUGCCUGAGGUAUCUCACUCUCUAAAUUGAUAACGUAAGAUAUAUUUUUACACUUUGUAAUAUGUGCCUGGUUUUGGACCAAAUUGAUAUAGAUAUAUACCGGAGGUUGGUUGUGCCUUUUCAUUUUCUAUUAAGUGACAUGCAAAAAAACAAAUUAAGAGCUCAAAUUGCUAAAAACCUAACUCUUCUUGCUUUUCAAUUCCAGCUUUUCCAUGUAGUGAUAUCUGCAGGGUGUUUAAUAAUCUUUCCUUGAAAUGAUUUACAGUGGGCACACUCGCUUAAGAUGUCCAGUUAUGAAUCUAAACACGAGUCAGGUUAUCCAAGAAGUUUAAAACUGUUUUCUGUUUGUGUUUUAUGCUUUUAAUGUUGUACAAGUACAUGCUUGGAGGAUGCUAUCAGGCUUCUUAACAGUAUUCAUUCAUACACCGUACCAACUUUGUUGAGGGACACAGUGACUGAGGACUUUGCUGGACCAUAAGCAUGCAAGGAUGUUCUACGAAAUGUUGCAUAUGUUUUAAAACAUAGCAUCUGCAGUGGCUACCUAAUAUGAAUGGUGCAACCAGUAGCAUAAUUCUGAACUAAAAUGUGAAAGAAUCCUUUGUAUGCACACGUAGAGGUACUAACCGUUUUGCAGAAAAACCUCAGUGGAGGUGGCGAUCUAUAUAGAGUGUACACUGUGUGGUUGAAAUCUUUAGAAAAUCUGCAGUUAUGACCAACUUUAAUUAGGGACACAGUGACUGAGGUCCUUGCUGUACCAUAACCAUGCAAGGAUGUACUAGGAAUGUCACUUAUACGUUGCAUAUGUUUUAAAACCAGCUUCAGACCUAUUUGAUAAAAGUAUAAUGCCACUUGCACAGUAGACUAUACCUAGCACAAUACAGAAACACAAGAGAAAAGUAACAAAUGCCUUAAAUACAAAAAUAAAUAUAUAUUCCAUAGACAAAAAGUAAA